AUGCCUCAAAAGAGUGUAGUUUCAUGGAACGCAAUAAUCAGUGCUUGUCUCAAGCAUGGCCAAGAUUUAGAGGCCCAAGCGCUCUUUAAGAAAAUGCCCUACAAAGAUCUCGUGUCGUGGACAACCAUGAUCACAGCGUAUUCAGAAGCUGGGCAUCUGGAGGAAUCGUGCGCUCUUUUUAAUAGCAUGCCAGAAUGGAACGUUGUCACAUACACAGCCAUGCUGACGGCAUAUUCCAUGCAUGGCAUUGUAGAAAAUUCCAUGGGUGUCUUUGAGAAUCUAAUGCCAGAGCACAAUAUUUGUUCGUGGGCCGCCAUUGUAACAGCAUAUGCUCGGAACGGGCAUCUGGAAGCUGCCCGGCACUUGCUAGAAAAGAUGCCGGUUAGAGACGUCGUAGCGUGCACCGCCAUGAUAGAAGCAUAUGCCUCUUGCGGUGAACUAGACCUUGCAAGGAAAACUUUUAACGAGAUGGACGAAAGAGACCUGGUAUCCUGGAAUGUUUUGAUCCUGGCGUAUGCCUCUCUUGGGCGUACUGUUUCUAAAGCUCUGGAUCUCUUCUUCUUGCUGCAGAUCCAUGGAGUGGAGUGUGAUGAGAUUACUUUCACUGGAGUUUUGGCCGCCUGUGCCCGUCAAGGUAAAUCUGGCAGGAGUCGUGACUUUUUGGUGUCUUUGAGCAUGGACUAUGGAUUGAGACGAAGGCUGAAGCACUUCUCUUGCGUGAUUGACAGCCUUGCUCGAGCAGGGCAGCUGAAAAUGGCUCAAGACCUUUUAGACAACAUGCCAUUCUUCCCGGAUUCCAUCUCUUGGACGGCUCUUAUGGGAGCUUGUCGAGUCCAUGGCGACACAAGACGAGGUCUUAGAUCUGGGAACAGAGUGAUGGAGCUAGAGCCGCACAGUGCUGCUCCUUAUAUGACCCUUUGUAGAACUUUCAACGAUCAUACGUUAGAAGGUUAG